AACACUCAGCCAGCGUCGUGCGCUGGUGUGUUGUGCAAAAAUGGAAAGGAAGAUGGAGGAGAACAUGAGAGACGUCGACACUGGCAGUGAAGCUGGAGGAGAGGAUGCCUUAGUGGGCAAUGUGAACAAGCUGAUGGUGACUCCACCAGGAUACACAGGAGUUCCACGGAAAGGCCAUCUUGUCUUUGAUGCUUGCUUCGAGAGUGGUAACCUUGGACGUGUUGAUUACAUCAGUGAAUUUGAGUUUGACCUUUUCAUCAGACCUGACACCUGUAACCCUCGCUUCAGAGUUUGGUUCAACUUCACAGUGGAGAACGUGCGGGAGACACAGAGGGUGAUUUUCAACAUUGUCAACUUUAGCAAGACCAAGAGCCUGUAUAGAGAUGGCAUGUCUCCAGUGGUGAAGUCCACCAGCCGGCCUAAAUGGCAAAGACUCCCGACUAAGAAUGUGUACUACUACCGCUGCCCUGACCAUCGGAGGAACUACGUGAUGUCUUUUGCCUUCUGCUUUGACCGAGAGGAUGAUGUGUACCAGUUUGCCUACUGCUACCCCUACACCUAUACCAGACUGCAGCACUACCUGGACAGCUUGGAGCGCAGGAACCUGGACUACCUGCAGAGGGAGCAGCUGGGGCUCAGUGUGCAACAGCGACGUCUUGACCUCCUAACCAUCACCAGCCCUGCUCAACAGAAUCCAGAGAAGGUGAAGAAGCUAGUUGUCCUCACAGCCCGUGUACACCCUGGGGAGUCGCCUGCAUCCUUCAUCUGCCAAGGAGUGAUUGACUUCCUAGUCAGCCAGCACCCUGUGGCCCAAACCUUGCGUGACCAUGUCAUCUUUAAGAUUGUACCCAUGCUCAACCCUGACGGCGUCUACUUAGGCAAUUACAGGUGUUCUCUGAUGGGCUUUGACCUUAACCGUCACUGGCAGGAGCCAUCCCCCUGGGCCCACCCCACCCUCCACGCUGUCAAGCAGCUCAUCGUCCAGCUCAGUCAAGACCCAAAGGUGGGGCUGGAGUUCUACAUUGAUGUUCAUGCCCACUCCACCAUGAUGAAUGGCUUCAUGUACGGGAACGUGUUUGAGGAGGAGGAGAGAGUCCAGAGACAAGCCGUGUUCCCUCGCCUGCUCUGCCACAAUGCCCCAGACUUCUCCUUCUCCAACACGUCGUUUAACCGUGACGUGGUGAAGGCUGGCACCGGGAGGCGCUUCCUGGGUGGCCUGCUGGACGACACGUCCUACUGCUACACCCUGGAGGUGUCCUUCUACAGCUACAUGGCAGCGGGGAGCACGUCGCCUGUUCCCUACACCGAGGACACCUUCCCCUCAGACAUGAAGCUGGGAAGAAAUGUUGCCCGCACCUUCCUCGACUACUACAGGCACAACAACUUCAUUGAUGACAAACCACAAAUCCCAAAUCACAUCAACAGUAUGGAGGUAUUGUCCCAGGGUCGACAGGGGAAUGGAAAUUGGAACGGGAGGACCUCGGGGGGUGAGAGAGGAGCAGAGAGGAAGAACCACAGUAUCAUAGGAGAGUACUAGUCACCUGGCAAUAACAUACUGGAGAGACCAGUCCAGUCUGACCACUGUAUAGGGCUCCUGACUCACAGGCCUACACUAUCUCCACACAGCCCUCAUGAAAAUUAGAUGCACCAGCCCAAGAUAAAGGAUGCAAUUUCACAAACGGAUAACUUUUGGAUAGCAUGUUAAUUGGAGGGUAUUUACCCAUGUGACUUCAUUAGAGCAAGUUGCUCUGACUUUAUAUGAAAUGUAUGGGAUGGAUCAAGCUGACACAUGUAUAUCUCAUGUUCCAUUUGAGGCCUUCAUACGUCAUUCAUAUAUUUUACCACAACGUGCUUUUUCCAUUUUAGGUAUUGUUUUUUAUUAAGAUAUAUUCAUUCAUGCAUGUCAUUGAAAAUAAGUGCAUGUGUUUUCAGUUAUACAUAACUUAUUUUGUGUUUAUCUUGCCUCUCUCUAUUCUACAUUACUUGGAGGGGUUUAAUGGGAGGGGUAACCCAUUUUUGUUUAGUCAUGACAUCAGUAUCUAAGUAUUCUGUUGUUAAAACCUAUGAAAUUUAACACACAUUUGUACGUUUUUCAAAUUGAUGUUCAGUCAUUGUCAGUGCAUUAGUUUACACCGGUGUUUGCGAUUAAAGGAAACAGACUUAGGGUCAAUUUGAUUUCAACUGAAGUGAUUUCAUGGAUUAUAGUAUAGAUUUGAAAUCCCUAUAGAAAAUUAUGGGUAUCUCUCAAGUAUGAACUUGCCCUGAAUUGACUGAUAUCCAUUAAUUUCCCUAUCUUACUGCAAUGUAAACAUCUAUUCAACUUAUCUGUUUAGAGCACUGAGUGCUUUUUCACUGCAUUAUGUAAAACACGAUCCAUGGGAUUUGCUCAACACAAAGGCAUAAGUAGGAGAGUGAGAGAGAAUGGUACAUUAGUCAAGUGUGGCGUGAAGAACAACAUGUAUUUUUCAGACCAGUCAUUUGGAAUAAGUGAGGCAAUCUGUCAGCAUAACAGCAUACACAAAUGACUUUUACAUGGUUGACGAGAAGAUGGAGAGGCUGAAUGAGAAUGACGAAAGACAUUUGUCUUUUGAUGCUUUCACUGAAUAUGUGUCAGACCUGGACCUGUCCAACACUAAAGUGUAUGUUAGCGCAACUCUCUCUCUCUCUCUCUCUCUCUCUCUCUCUCUCGCUCUCUCUCUCUCGCUCUCUC